AAAUGGCCCCGAAAACAAGUGGAAAGGCAGCGAAGAAGUCCGGAAAGGCGCAGAAGAACAUUUCCAAGUCCGACAAGAAGAAGAAGCGCAAGACCCGCAAGGAAAGCUACGCGAUUUACAUCUAUAAGGUGCUGAAGCAGGUCCAUCCGGAUACCGGCAUCUCUUCGAAGGCCAUGAGCAUCAUGAACAGCUUUGUCAACGACAUCUUCGAGCGGAUCGCGGCGGAAGCGUCCCGGUUGGCCCAUUACAACAAGCGUUCGACGAUCACGUCCCGGGAGAUCCAGACGGCGGUGCGGCUCCUGUUGCCGGGUGAGCUGGCAAAGCACGCCGUGUCCGAGGGAACCAAAGCUGUGACGAAGUACACCAGUUCCAAGUAA